ACACGGCAGAACGAAGAAAUCUGAUAGAGGCACAGUUUCUUUUUUAUAUGUCUUUAGAAAUUCAACGUUUUAUAUGUCUUUAGAAAUUCAAUAAUGUUACUUACUUCCAGAACACUUAGAAAAAUGUAAAAUACUAAGAAAUUAGUAAUUUUUUUAAGCAACAGUGAUUAAAUCUUGACGUAAGGCGGAAGUGAGCGCAGACGCAGCCUAUUCCUGUCGCAGAUUCAUGCUAGCAAGCAAACAGCAGCAGCUCAAAGCAGUUUGCUCCUGAUGGAGGUCUUACGGCCGCCUCUCAUUAACAUCAAUGGGAGAAUCUACAGGAAAAAUCCAGUGCAGGAGGAAACUUAUGAAGAAGAGGAGGAGGACUAUUCAUAUUCAGAAGCGGCAGUGGAUCAGUGUCUGGAUGAACCCUGCGAUGCUCAUAAUAUAGAGCAGACGGACAGAGGUUUCCGCUGCACUUUAGACGUGCCAAGUGUGCUUUACAAAUAUAUCAUCGGUAAGAAGGGAGAGACUCGCAGACGGCUGGAAUCUGAGACUAAAACCUCGAUCAACAUCCCGAAACAGGGCGUGGAGGGGCAGAUCGUGGUCACAGGUGCACACAGGCCCUCAGUCUCCUCUGCUGUCACUCGCAUUGAGGUUUUGAUUGACAGCUUCAGGAGGAAGCAGCCGUUCACUCACUUCCUGUCGUUCGCUCUGAAUCACGCUCAGGUGCGGGACGGUUUCCUGCGCUUCAGAGAGGAGGUGCUGGAGCACUGCGCACAGGACUCAGGAGUGGACGUGAGUAUUUUCCAGAACCCAGAUAAACUCCAUCUGACCGUCGGCACGCUGGUGCUGCUGAACCAACAGGAAGUGACACGAGCGAACGAGCUUCUGCAUCAGUGUCAGGACAUCAUCAGAGAAAUAACUGGAGCUGAAGCACUUCCUGUGGAGGUCAGAGGUGUGGAGUAUAUGAAUGAUGAUCCGUCGAUGGUGGAUGUGCUGUAUGCUAAAGUCAGUGAUCAGGACGGCUCCGACAGGCUCCAGCAGAUCUCCGACAGGCUGGUGGAGUGUUUCGUGUCGGCCGGUCUGAUGGAGCGCGAGCGGGACAGAGUGAAGAUCCACGCCACCGUCAUGAACACACUGUUCCGGAGAGAUCCAUCAGAGGACAGAGGAGCUCCAGCCAGAGCAAACCCUCGAGAUCGAGAAGCUUUUAAUGCCACGAACAUCUUACAGAUGUUUGGGGACUUUUAUUUUGGAGCGUUUGAGCUGAAUUCAGUUCAGAUUUCACAGAGAUUCUCCACUGACAGCACAGGAUACUAUUCCUCAGCCGGACACAUCACAUUCUCAUGAUGGCGCAGACACACACACACACACACACACACACACACACACACACACACACUUACACUUUGCUACUCAAUCAUCAUUGUCAUGUAGUGUAAAUAUGAUUAUCAGUAAUAUAAAGAGCAUUUUAAUUGCACUAAAAUGUGUGAUAUGAGGA